GCGGGUUGCGAGCGACCACUUCCAGGGUCCGAUUCGCAGCCCAGUUCGGUCACAAGCGGCCGCUCGCUGGGCUCUCCGCCAUGCCGGCGGACGGGCGCUGCUGGGAGACUCUGCAGGCGCUGCGCCGCUCCGAGAAAGGCCGCCUGUGCUACCACCGCGACUGGCUGCUGCGGGGCGAGGAUGUUCUGGGAGAAUGUGUGUCCCUUCCCAGGCUCUCUUCAUACUCUGGAUGGGUGGUGGAUCAUGUGUUACCCUACACACAAGAGCGCCCACCUCCCUCGGAGGAGUCCGAGCAACCUUCCUGUGUCCCCACGUCUCCUGGAAGAAAUGCUGCCAUGUCCCCAGCAACUCCAGAUGGAACCCAGGACAAACAAGAAUCUCAGCCCAUAGAAUUGAAAGCACUUCAUUCCAGCCGGGGGAUGAAGGUAGAAGGCUGCAUCCGAAUGUACGAGCUGGUGCACAGAAUGAGAGGAACAGAAGGCCUGCGGCAGUGGCAGGAGGAGCAGGAGCGGAAGGUGCGCGCCCUGUCUGAGAUGGCAUCGGAGCAGCUUAAGCGCUUUGACGAGCACAAGGAGCUGAUGCAACACAAAGAGUGCCAGGAACUGCGGGAGGUCAUGGAGAAGAGCUCCCGUGAAGCCCUGGGGCAGCAAGAGAAGCUGAAAGCAGAGCAUCGCCACAGAGCCAAGAUUCUCAACCAUAGGCUUCGAGAAGCAGAGCAGCAGCGCCUGAAGUUGGAGGAGCAGGAGCGACUUCGCAAGGAAGAGGCUGAGGGCCGCCUGCGCAGCCUCUACGCCCUGCAGGAGGAGCUCCUGCACCUCAACCAGCAGCUGGAUGCCUUGGCCCAGCAUCUGCACCUGCUCAAGGGGGAUCCCGACACCUUCCGCACCCGUGGAAACCAACUGUGCAGCCACAUCUCUGCCCUCAUUCGUGGCUCCGGGGAGAAUCGCUCUCCCACAGCAGAGGACCAGGCUGUGGCAGAGAAAGCGCUCCAGGAGAUGCGCGACCUCCUUGCCAACCUGCAGCAGGAGGUGGCCACGGCAAAUGAAGAAAAGCGGCGGCAGGAAGAAGCGGCCCGGGUGAAGACUCAGGAAUCUCACACACAGAAGACGCCUGAGGUCCACAAGGACUUGCCAGCUCCCUGCCAGGGCUCCAGAGGGAAACAGAAUGAAGAUCUACAGGUGAAGGUCCGGGAUAGCACCAUGCAGUGGUACCAGCAGCUGCAAGACGCAGCCAACCAGUGCAUGUUGGCCUUUGAUGGCCUCACCAACGGCAAAGACAGUCAGACCAAGAAGAUAAAGAUGAACCUCCAGAAGGCAGCCACCAUCCCCGUAAGCCAAAUCUCCACCAUCGCAGGCUCGAAGCUGAAAGAGAUCUUCGACAGGAUUCACAACCUGCUGUCUGGCAAACCUGUUUAUUCCGGGGGCCACUCUGUAUCGGUCACUCAUACCCCCCAGGGACUGGACUUUGUCCAGUACAAGCUAGCAGAGAAGUUUGUGAAACAAGGAGAAGAGGAAGUGGCCUCCCACCAUGAAGCUGCCUUCCCCAUCGCCGUGGUGGCUUCUGGGAUCUGGGAGCUCCACCCCAGGGUGGGAGACCUCAUUCUCGCUCAUCUGCACAAGAAGUGUCCUUACUCAGUCCCAUUCUACCCAGCUUUCAAAGAAGGGAUGGCUCUUGAGGACUAUCAGAGGAGUCUUGGUUACCAGGUUAAAGAUUCCAAAGUGGAGCAGCAGGACAACUUCCUGAAGCGCAUGUCGGGUAUGAUGCGCCUCUAUGCUGCCAUCAUUCAGCUCCGGUGGCCAUACGGGAACCAACAGGAGACGCACCCUCACGGCUUAAAUCAGGGCUGGCGCUGGUUGGCACAGAUCUUGAACAUGGAGCCACUGUCUGAUGUGACCGCCACCCUUCUCUAUGACUUCUUGGAGGUGUGUGGGAAUGCCCUGAUGAGGCAGUAUCAGCUCCAGUUCUGGAAGAUGAUCCUUCUCAUCAAAGAGGAGUACUUCCCCAGGAUUGAAGCCAUCACCAGCCCGGGGCAGAUGGGCUCCUUCAUUCGCCUCAAGCAGUUCUUGGAGAAAUGUUUGCAGAACAGGGAGGUGCCCGUCCCCAAAGGCUUCCUGACUUCUUCCUUCUGGCGUUCCUGAUGCCGCCCGUCGCCAGCUGCCGCCCCAGUCCACCACCACAUGAUGCAGAGGCAAUAAAAGGCCCAGAACUGGCUGCCGCAGAAGGAGUCUGUCCAGUGUAGAUUCCUACCAAUGUGUAUUUUUCUACAUUUGUAACUUGUGAUGUGGGAUCACAGAAUAUAGUGGUCCUGAACAUAUGUGAUAGCCCCUCUCAGGAUCUGUGUGACA